AUGUCCGGAAGGCCCGAGGAAGGACUUCACAAUAAUGAGGAAAACCAAUCGUCCAAUGUCCCGCAACGAGAUCGGAGGAGAGCGAGGCUGGAGUCCAAUAGUGACACAGAUCAACCCGCUGCGACUCGCAGAAGAGACGAGGAAAUGCGGCAACCGCAGUGGACCAUGGGCAGCACCGUAGAGGACAUUCUGCUGGAGGGAAGCACUAACAGGACCGACAUGAAGCUGAACGAUUUCCUUCGGAGCAAAUUGGGCGGCACGGCGGCUGUUGGUGAAGACUACAAUGUGACGAUGGAGGCGUUUGUUCAGGAUCCCGAGACGUUUAUCCAAAACAAAAGGUUAUUACGCAUAAUAACGGCAUUGCCGUCAUACCAAUUGCUGGAAAUAGAGCUGGAAAGAGAGCUGUAUGAGAGGAAAAUUCUAUUGGAGGCUAUUAAUAAGCUUCAUCCCGCGGAUGUGUUCUCUCUCGAGCAAUGGAGGGACUAUGAAGGAAAGAAUACAAUCACUCCUUUUCCAAAGGCAAAACUAAACGGAGUUCUCACUCAGGUACAGAGAGAAAGCCGUGAGGCGGAAGAAAGGCUAAGACGUGAGGAAGAAGAAAGGCGAAGACGAGCGCAAGAAAUGAAAUUUACCAUUUCCACUACGAUCGAAGAUGUACUGUUCAGAGGGGAAUUUCGCUACAAGGAAAUGAUGCUGAACGAUUUUCUUCUGCUGAGAUUUGGCGGCAGGGGCGUUGUGGCUACCAAUCGGAGUGUUUUGCUGGAGGAGUUUUUUAAGGAACCCACGAGGUAUAUCCGCGAUAAGAGAGUACUGGGCGAAAUACGGGCAACAGAUCGUUAUUUGAGGAUGGAGAGGGCUGUAAGGGAGGAAACGGAUAUGGAAGAAGAUAUAAAGAAGCUCCACUAUAAUCAUGUAAGUACUCUGCUGGGGUGGCUAGUAGCUGCUCCGGAGGUAAAAGAAAUUGUUCAUCGCAUCACUGAAAGUUUUUUGGAUGCAGCCCUUGAGGAAGCGAGGAACUCAAUGAGGAUGAGUGCAGCGAUGAAACUGGAGGGAUUGUACGAGUCUGUGUGCAAUGCGAGGUGGAGCCAUUUGGUGGAAGUUCCUGGCGGCGAGGGGACCGGACUGGAAGUGAGGGAGGGGGAACCACCACAGUCAUGGACGUACAAGGCAGUUGGCCGAACCCUCGAAAAGGAUGACGGAGUGCAGCAAUCCGGUGCAGCAAGUCCCAGGCUGAUGGUGCUCACCUCGGACAAGGGCUGGCCGUACACGUGGAAUCGGAAGGGGGUGGAAUCCACUCGUGACUGCUACGUGAACUGUGAGGUGGAUCGAGUGUGGCAGAUCGUCAAGGGCGAUCUCACCGAAUGGUUCAGCAGUCACGGUGAGGCCGACUUUGGGCCUAGGCGACGUGUGUUGAUUGGGACGCCCGGGAUCGGGAAGUCGAUGGCUGCCGGUUCGUACCUCCUCUACCAGCUGCUGCACUACGAUGCGGAGCAGCUCCCAAUGGUUGUUUACUUUAUUGCGGAUCGGAAAUUCCUGUUUGACAAGACCAGCAGGACGGUGUCGACAUACAUGGGCGAAUCCAGUAAUAAGUCUUUUGUGAGGAGUCUGUCUGACCGUGGGAUGAAGGGGUAUAUUAUUUACGAUGUGGCAGAGCCGGAUGAUGAACCGUCUAGUGAUUUGCCUUCCAGGGGAUGGGGCAUGGUUUUGGUGUCACCCCCAUUCGAGAGGAACUACAAACAAUGGGUGAAGCGGAGCGGUGCCACAGAAAUAGUUAUGAAUUGCCCUGGUGAAAGCGAUGUGAAGGCGGUGUGCAUUUGGAUGAGGCGCCAUCGGCCCGUGCGGGAGCAAGCGGAGUACUGGCAUGUGGUGAAGGGCCAAAUGGAUGAAGUGGGACCUAUUCCACGUUAUAUCUUUGACGAGCGAAAGUAUGAUAAUUGGGUUCAACGGUGUCACAAGACCGUCGAUGAGGCGACCUCUUCUGUAAUCUUGCAAUACACUGGUUUGGGAUGUGGUGGAUACUGGGAUCGUAUGAAGGUGCUCUACUGGCUUGCGAGGGUUGUCCGAGUACGAGGUGGAGAGUUUGGUUCUGAAUUUUUUUUCAAUUUACCGGUGUCUGCUCACCUCGGAAAUAAAACAUUAUUCAAGUCGGCGAAGUUAAUGCAGCAGCAUUAUUUUAAUUUACUCAUAUCGUGGCUGACGGAUUAUCUCAUAUCAGAAAAUUUUGGAAGGUGCACCGUGUUUGCAUUUUUGAAUGGAUCUUUUGUAAGUGCAAUAGAACGCAGGCUGAGGGAGCUGAGGCCAUCACCACAACGUCAGUCCCACCGCUGUGCGCUGGCGGUGUACUCACAGGAGCGCUCCACCAGGCACCAUGUCUUAUCACCACUGGAACGCUUUUCUGAGAGGAUUGAUGUGGAGUGCGGGGUGCUGUACGUAACGGAGGUGGAAAACUUUCCGCUGGUGGACGGCUUUUUCUUUGUGAAGUUAAAUCCAAUGACGCUGGUUGGGCUGCGGAUGGCUGCGGCGGGUGGGCAUCACACCACAGCCAGCACUGCGAGGCAGUUCACUGAGUGCCUGGCGGCAUAUUUUAAUGGUUGGGACGAGUUAUCCCGAGACAUGUCGUGGGAGAUUAUUUAUGUGCAGCACGCAGACAGCACGCCGAUGAAUGACUGGCAGAGAUGUGAUGUCGUCGAUUCCAAUAAUGUGAGCGAGGAUGAAAAAAAGAUUGCGGCGUUUUGGAACGAAAAGGUACGCCAGUACCAAGUGUCAAUAUCAUCCGAAGACGCCCCAAGAAGGCAUUAG